UUCACACUGAGCAGCUGCAGUCGGAGAAACCAGAGAAAGCGCCACCCAGCCCCAGAUUCCAAGAGGCCUGCUGGGGACUCCCUUCUCUUCCUCCUCCUCCUCCUUCCGAGACCCCAAAGCCACUGUCUCACACCAGCUCCUGAGCUGCAAUGGGACUGGCAGCCACCGCCCCCUGGCUGUCCUCCGCCCUGCCAAGCAGAUAGGGCGGUAGCUACCCCAGGAGUACCUGCCCCCUCUCAGCCUGGGCCAGCCCUUCCCGACUUGGUGGCCACCUUUGCUGACCUGAGGCCAUGUAGGUCCCAGCUCAGGCCUCUGGACACACUGCUGGGGACAGUGCCUCUGCUCUCAGGGGGCACCCAGUGCACCAUCAUGCCCUGGGGACUCGCCUGGUUAUACUGUCUUGGGAUCCUACUUGGCCUGGCUUUGGGGAACCAGAAUUUGGAGAUGUGGACUCUGACCCAAGAUAAGGAGUGUGACCUUACAGGCUACCUUCGGGUCAAGCUGCAGUACAGAAACCGGCUUCAGUACAUGAAACAUUACUUCCCCAUCAACUACAGGGUCGCUGUGCCUUAUGAGGGAGUACUCAGAGUCGCCAACAUCACGAGGCUGCAGAAGGCCCGUGUGAGCGAACGAGAGCUGAGGUAUCUGUGGGUCUUGGUGAGUCUCAAUGCCACCGAGUCUGUGUUGGAUGUGCUGCUCGAGGGCCACCCAUCCUGGCAGUAUCUGCAGGAGGUUCAGACCUUGCUGGAGAAUGUUCAGCGGAGCCUCGUGGAUGUGGAGAUUGGCCCUCAGGUGGAAGCUGUGUUAUCUCUUCUGAGUACCCCAGGCCUAAGCCUGAAGCUGGUGCGGCCCAAAGCCUUGCUGGACAACUGCUUCCGGGUCAUGGAGCUGCUGUACUGCUCUUGCUGUAAACAAAGUCCUAUCCUAAAAUGGCAGGACUGUGAGCUGCCGAGUCUCCAUGCCCACAGUCCAGGGUCCUUGAUGCAAUGUGCAGCUGCCAACGUUUACCCUUUGCCUCGGCAGUCCCCCACCUCCCUGCCCAGUUCCCCAGGCUCAAGCCAUGGUCCAUUGCCCUGAGUAGUCUGGGUGGUGACCCUAGGUUGGGCCAUUGGAUGUGUUCCGGGAACUGGCCUGGGUCUGAGACUUUCUGGGAUGGUGGGUCGGUAGACCUGCAGGGAAGGCCUCCUGGGAAUGGCAUUGUGCCUUCUCUUCCACAGCCAGGCUCAGCUUCCUGCCCUUUGUACCUAUGUGAUAACCACCUGGAGCCUCAGGGGAGCGGUGUGGAGGGGAAAGCUGAUUGCUGCCCCCAUAGCCACCCCUACCUGUGACUGGCUCUGAAAUCUUCAAAUGCUGUUGCCCCACAGGUGGGUGGCUGGAGAUGGGGUGCCACAUCGAGUUCUGGGACUCACUGGGGCUUUGCAGUUGUGCCAAAUGCCGGGUGCUGGGCCGAGGACCGACCAAACGCCGUAUCUUGCCACAGCAGUGCUCUUCUGGUUCUAUUAAAUGACCACUUGUUUGGUUUGGCUUGCAUCUGUGAGGGUGAACCUGGAGGGGCUGAGUUCUGGAGACCGAGGGUGGGCUUGCUUCUGCCUGCCUGGGCUGGGACUGAGUGUCGAGUUGCAGUGGGCAGAGCCUUCCCCAGGGCCACUGAGUACUCAUCAGUUCUUUCAGCUGUGUUCUGACAUGUCAGCAGGCCUGAAUAAUGUCUGCUGGGGUGCCAAGGUACCUCCUUGACCAUGUUUGUUCUCUCCCUCCGGUGUCCCCCACGACCUAGUGGGAGCACUUCAAGGCCCAACCCAGGUCUCUGCCCAAUUCCCCCACUUCUAUCAGUGUCACCUGGCUUGGAGCCCCAGGUCAGGAUGCAGGGGUGGGAAGCAGAGCAAGUGAGCCACAGCAGCCCAGGGAAGCCAGGCAGGGGCCAGGGUGUUAACUACAGUACCACUUUAUUAAUACUGGAAUCUUCACAGUGCAUUUGUUACUUGUAGCAGUGACUAUUUAAAUCAAGGAGAGGAUGGAAAAGGGGGAGGGUAGGAGAAUUUAUCCAAAACUUGACAGAAAGAAGAAAAAAAAAAAAGUGGUUCUGGUGGGAUGGAGGAUGGGAGGUAGAGGGGAGAGGGUAAGAAGGAACCAGGAGGGUGGCAAAAUAAAUUAAAAAAAAAAAAAAAAAGGAAACGUUAACAGCACCAGAAAAGUUACUUCAGUCAAAAGACACAUUUGAAAAGAAUAUUUUUGCUGUACAAAAUGAAAAUAAAAUGUAUGUGAAGAA